AAGGGAGGCGGAGUGUUCCGAUUGGCUGCCGGGGGAUUGGUUGCCAGAGACAGGAACGGCGAGGCCGAGGCGUCCUUUUUUUCCUCUCAGGUUGAACCGAGGAGCCGCCAUCAUUGCCGCCUCAAGAGCCAUGGCUUCGACUUCGUGGGCGCCCAAGGUCUUCCGCUUUCUAGGGGGUUUCAAAAGCCAAAAACAGGUGACCAGAAGUUUUGGUAGUUCUACUCAGACAGUAACUUUGAUCCCAGGCGAUGGCAUCGGACCCGAAAUAUCAAAUGCCGUCAUGGAGAUUUUUGGGGCGGCAAAGGCUCCUGUUCAGUUCGAAGAGCGAAAUGUGUCUGCGAUCCAAGGACCGGGAGGGAAGUGGAUGAUCCCUUUAGACGCCAAAGAAUCCAUGGACAAGAACAAGAUAGGACUGAAAGGCCCUUUGAAGACGCCGAUUGCAGCUGGCCACCCGUCGAUGAACCUGUUGCUCCGCAAAACCUUCGACCUUUACGCCAACAUCCGACCCUGCGUCUCAAUCGAAGGCUACAAAACCCCCUACGCCGACGUCGACAUCGUCACGAUACGGGAGAACACGGAGGGCGAAUACAGCGGGAUUGAGCAUGUGAUUGUUGACGGCGUCGUCCAGAGUAUCAAACUCAUCACCGAAGACGCCAGCAAGCGUAUUGCUGACUUUGCGUUCGAAUACGCCAGAAACAAUCAGAGAAGCAAAGUGACAGCCGUGCAUAAAGCAAACAUUAUGCGAAUGUCCGAUGGCUUGUUCCUGAAGAAAUGCAGAGAAGCGGCGGAGAACUGUAAAGAUAUCAAAUUCAAUGAAAUGUAUCUCGACACUGUGUGUCUGAAUAUGGUGCAAGAUCCAACGCAGUUUGAUGUCCUUGUUAUGCCAAAUUUGUACGGUGAUAUCCUGAGUGACUUGUGCGCGGGAUUGAUCGGAGGCCUCGGGGUGACGCCAAGCGGGAACAUUGGUGCCAACGGAGUGGCCAUCUUCGAGUCGGUCCACGGCACAGCUCCGGAUAUUGCCGGGAAGGACCUGGCGAAUCCGACGGCGCUCCUCCUGAGUGCGGUCAUGAUGCUGCGUCACAUGGGGUUGCAGGAAUACGCCACCAAAAUAGAAGACGCCUGCUAUGCCACCAUUAAAGACGGGAAGGUCUUGACCAAAGAUUUGGGAGGCAACGCCAAGUGUUCGGAGUUCACCGCAGAGAUCUGUCGCCGGGUGAAAUUAGCGGAAUAAAAAAAAAUCCACCUCUUCAUAUCAUAACCGGUUUUCAGUCACUCCUCAUUCGCCGUAUCUGCAAAUGUACAUUCAUUUCAUUUGCUUUUUUUCUCGUUUGAGAGGAAAGCAAACUUUUAAAGCAGGGGCUCUCUUUUUUUUAAUACAUCCCACCCGAGGCAUUCUUGUGCCUGCCUUUGCUUUACUAUUUGUCUCCCUUAUUUAUUACACUUCUGUUGGUAAACGAAAUAUAUAACUGUGAGCAGACAUUGCAUGAAAUAAUGUCCUCUGGUUAUCAUUGUCAUAUUCUGGAAACGCUUGACGCUAAUCAUCCCCCAAAUGAAAACAAAUGAGUUGGGCUUUUAAAAAAAAUAAUCAGGAUACUUUUAUUGUUUUGUUUUGGCAAUCUGCUUUCCAUGUAGGAAGUGUAUAUUCAGACAGUCUUUUAAAAGCACAAGGAAAUAAAUAUUUUCUUCCUUUUUUUUCCCCUAAUGGGAUGUGAAAACUGUCCUUGGAAAGCACCGACUUCAACUGCCACCAUUCCUAACAGCCUUUCCCCCCUUAGCCAGUUAAGUUUAUUCUUCACUCCCUCCGUUCUGAAACCUAAUCUGGCUUCUCGGGAAAACUCCCGAUUCACAAGGGAACUGAGAAGGCUGAGGGGGAAAAGGAAAGGACCUGAGGCUGUUAGGAAUGGUGGGAGUUGGAGUCCAAAACACUAGAGAGUGGUCCCAAGUUUGCCCAUAACUGAUCUAGACAAACACUAAAUAUAUAAUGUGCAAAUUCUUGUAUCCAAAGGCCUUUUCUGUUGUACUUGAGCUUAUCUAGAUAACAUACAUAUAUAUAUAUAUAUAUAUAUAUAUAUAUAUAUAUAUAUAUAUAUUUUCAGUUUACAUUUAAGUCUUCCUCUUCAGGGAUUAUUAGGAGUGCGAGGCACUCAAAAGAGGAGACGCAGAAGCAGAUAAAAUAUAUAUAUUGCAAGGUUAAGGCUAGUUGGGGGACAUAUCGUUGCCGCUGAAAAAGGUGAAUGAAUAGGGUGGCAUCACUGAUUUGUGAGGGUUUUUUUCCCCUUUGUGUCCCAAACCAAACAGUUAAUGAAAAAUAACCAAAGGAAUCGAGGAAUAUUUUGGUAUUAGAGAAGGAAGAGAUGCAGGGAAGUUGCGUGAUUGGCACCUGUACAUCUUCCAUCACUUCUACAAUGCUGCCUUAGUGAAGGGAAAUGUGCAAAUGGUUAGCGUGGAAGAGGUCAGAUGUUAUAUUUUGUGCAUUAUGUCCCAUCAGAAGUAUGAAUAUUGGAGCCUUUGGGUGCCCAAUGUCCACAAUGCAGCUUCCAGUUGGGCCUCCAAAAAACUCAAAGAGAUUGCAAUGAAGAGGCCGUGUGUUUCCAUGUUUGCUUUUGUACCACGCGGAUACUUUUCUCAUCUUUCGACAACGAGCUUCUCCGAUCCUGGGAACAGCACUUGAAUGUGUUUACUUUUGCUGCUGCUGCUUCUUUCUGUCUGUUUGUCCGUCUCUUGAAUUGUACAAAGCGACCGGGAUUGACUCUUCUUCUUGCGCACAAAGUGAGGAAUAAACACCUCCCAAAGCUA